CUUGUACUUGCCGAAUAUCGCAUUCGGACUUGAAGACCGAGAGGCUUUUUGAGCUUUGCCAUUUGAGAGCAGAUCAUUGCUCUUAUCCACUAUCAUGGGGAGCCCGACAAGCUCCAGGAUGCCAUGGAAAGCCGCCAUACUGAUUGCUCUUAUUCUGGUAACCUUGGUUGGGAUUGUUCACUCUGAAGAUUUCUAUGAGUUACUUGGUAUCGAGAGAGAUGCUGAUGCUAAGGAUAUCCGACGAGCCUUCAAACGGCUUGCUCUCACCAUGCAUCCUGAUAAGAAUAAGGAUGAUCCCAAGGCUCAUGACAAAUUUGUUCGCAUAAAUCGAGCGUAUGAGGUUUUGAAAGAUGACGAACUGAGAAAGAAGUAUGAUCGAUUCGGUGAGGAAGGCCUGAAAGAACAGAAAAACCAAUGGAAUAGAUACGAGAGCUGGCAGUUCUACAAGACAGAAUUUGGUUUAUAUGAUGAGGAUCCUGAGAUUGUGACACUCAGCAAGUCUGAUUUUGAGCAAUCUGUGUUUGGACAGGAUAUCUGGAUUGUGAAUUUCUACUCACCAAGAUGUCAUCAUUGUCAUGAUCUAGCUCCAACUUGGAGAGAGUUUGCAAAGGAGGUAGAAGGGGUAAUCCGUGUCGGAGCAGUGAAUUGUUGGGAUGACCGCCCCCUGUGUACAGCUCAAGGUGUUAAGAGAUUCCCUACACUCUUUGUCUAUCCAAAGCACGAGGAGUACACAGGGACGAGGACAUUGGAACCACUGGUCAAGUUUGCCCUCAAUCUGAUUGAUGUGACCAUUCAUCCACUGUGGACAGGUAAUUUCAAGAAGGUAUUGUUUUCUGAUGAAUCUAAGAAUCAGCCUUGGGUGAUCUCGUACUGUGGUUCCCCGACAGGAACUGAAGGAGAAACAAGUGAUGUUGCCAGUGUAGGUUGCUUAGAUAGAGAUGACCAACGCAAAUUAGCAGCCAUUUUGAAUAAGGUUGUGAAUAUUGGCUCGGUGGACUGCGUAGCCUCAUCACAGCUCUGUACCAAGUUAAAGAUUGAUGAAUCUACGAUACGCUUUUACGAGAGAGCAAAGGAAAUCACCAAAGGAGGAAAGGAAUUGGAGCUUGAGCAGCCAAAACAGAUUGGUGAUGAGAUUCUUAAACAGCUGCCAGAUCUUUCCACAUUCACCAGCUCUCAAUUACAGGAAGCCAGGCAUGACCUUGAGGUCAAAGGUGACGCCCCUCCGGUGGUGACCUACUUCAUGAAGAAAGCCGGAGAUGAUGACCUGGAACUUAAGAAACUUCCUCACCUCCUUACAGAUAUGAAGGUGAGGAAGUUUAAUUGCAGCACCGACCAAGCUCUCUGUGAUGAUCUCUACCUUGGCACUCAUCUACCAAAGGUGGCGCUCUUCAGGAAAGGAGGAGGUCAUGAAUUUCAUCACGGACGUUUGUUUGCCCAAGAUAUAGCAGCCUUCGCCAGGAGUGGUCUAAACUCUCGUCUGAGGGUUCUUGGUCCUAAUGACUUCCCUAAUCCUGUCAUUAGCAGCGGAGAGCCUUGGUUUGUGGACUUCUUCUCACCGCAUUGCCCUCCCUGCAGACAGUUAUUACCGGAGAUCCGUAAAGCAGCGUCUCGGGUGCCAUACGUCAACUUUGGCACCGUGGACUGCACCACGCAUCAGACACUGUGCAGCCAGCAGAAUAUCAGGUCCUAUCCUACCACGGUCUUCUUCAACAUCUCCAAGCCCCACGUCAACGUGGGAUUCUCUAAUUCACAUGCUAUUCAAGAAUUCAUUGAGGAUACCAUCAACCCGAAAGUGGUAUCCCUUUCCCAAAGCUUGUUUGAUAGUUUGGUGAAGAAUAGAGCAAAAGAAGACCUUUGGCUUGUAGACUUCUAUGCUCCUUGGUGCGGCCCUUGUCAAGCUCUUAUGCCAGAAUGGAGAAAAUUUGCCAAAAAAUUGAAUGGCACCGCUCAUGUAGGUUCUGUAGACUGUGUAGAGCAUGCAUCCCUAUGUCAACAGCUUAGUGUAAACAGUUAUCCUACCAUAAGAGCUUAUCCUAUGGGACAUACAGGCACUGCUAGAUUCAGUGCAUACAACGGCUGGAACCGUGAUGUAAUGUCUCUCAUGGGAUGGGUUCAUAACUUUCUCCCAUCAUCCGUUGAGGUAAUCACCCAACAUAACUUCAGAGAUAGAGUACUACGGAGCACUGAACCUUGGGUUAUAGACUUCUACGCGCCCUGGUGCGGGCCUUGUAUGUCAUAUAUGCCUUCGUUGGAAGAAAUUGCAAAGGCUUUGAAAGGUUAUGUACGGUUUGGUAAAAUUGACUGUCAAUCUUACCAAUCGACCUGUAUGCAGGCAUCUAUACAAGCCUAUCCUUCUCUUAGAAUAUACAAAGGAACAGAAACUAAAGGACACUCACAAAAUUGGUUUGGUGAGCAAGUUUAUCAAAAGGAACCACAGUAUCUUAUCCCAUUCCUCAAACAAAGAUAUACUAAAAAGUUAGAUGGCACUGGUCAUGCGAAAGAUGAGCUAUGAUGUUGGCCAAAUUUGGUCAGUAUUUCCUUUCAUCCACUGCAGUUCAUGGCUGAGAUAGAAUGAAUAGGUUUAUAUCAGAAACUCAGAUAUUGUUAUUUAUUAUCAUACCUUUUCUAUGUUUUUAUCUUCAUGAUAUUGUAACUUCUGAAGGUUUCCUUCAUAAUACUGAUGUAUUUUGUAUUACAUUUACUGUGAUUGUAUUCUAGAUGAAAUUAACUCACUAGGAAUUUCAAUGCAUUAUCAAUCGUGCCUUUAAGGGAAAAGUGCUCUGUGAAGAAUUCCAAUGUUAUUUUAAAAUCCCACAUGUGCAUUUUAUCCUCCAAAUGUUCAUGAAACUUGCACAGAUGUUUGUGUGUAGCAGUUGUUCCAUUUGUUAUGGUUUGGUUUGGCGGGAUUUCAAGGAUGUCUUGGAUAAUUUGUGAAUUAAUUCUGCAUUUUAUUUACAAUCAAUAAUGCUUGUAAGCUUAUGUACAAAUUUGAUGAAUUUUAAAUACACUAAUUGUGAAUUUGGAUUUGCAUUUGUUU